ACUCAUGGCCAUUCAGGGCAGUCAGGUAACCGUCGCAGGAAUACUCACCGGGUGAAUGCCUGGCGAAAUGGCCAUUGCUUAACUUUACCCUGGUGAAACAAGGAGAGUUCAGGAGCAAUUUUGCCUAAGAAUAAUAAUUAGAAUACAUUUGUGUGUCAGACAGACAACAGAUCAGAACGGCAACAAUGCCUCUUGCGGCAGCUAAAAGAAUUACGUGACAGCGACAGGGGCACAACAACAACAUGGCAGGAUAUCGGGAACUUUCCCGCUUAAACAAGAGUGCCGUUGGAUAAUGCUCGUGAACUAAAGUGGGAAUGAUGGACAAUGAUAACAAGCUGGACAGGUUCCUCAAGCUCGGCAAGGCAGGUGAGGGCACCUACGGCGUGGUGUACAAGGCAAAAAAUAAACUCACUGGCAAGAAGGUGGCUCUGAAGAAAAUCAAGCUACAGAAGUUCUAUAACAAGGGAUGCUCGGAAGGAGUGCCGUCUACUGCAAUGCGUGAAAUCACCCUCCUCAAAGGGGUGAGGCAUUCCUCAAUAGUAGAACUCCUGGACGUGAUGUAUACCACCGACAAGCUCUACUUGGUAUUUGAGUAUCUGGACCUUGACUUGAAGAAGUACAUGGACUUCAGCAAAGUGGCUCUGGGGCAGGAGUUGGUGAAGAGCUACAUGAAGCAGCUGCUGGACGCCAUGGCUUAUCUACAUUCCCAUCGGAUUCUACAUAGAGAUCUGAAGCCCCAAAACCUGCUGGUCGACAAGGAGGGUCACAUUAAGUUGGCCGAUUUUGGACUCUCCCGCUCGUUCUCCCUGCCUACCAAAACCUACACUCACGAGGUGAUCACUAUGUGGUACCGAGCCCCCGAGCUCCUCUUGGGAGAGAAAAUGUACUGCACUGGAGUGGACAUGUGGAGUUUGGGUUGUGUGAUGGCAGAAAUGCUGAUGAAAAAGGCUCUUUUUCCUGGCGACUCCGAGAUUGACCAAUUGUAUAAAAUCUUCAAAGUCAUGGGAACGCCGUCAGAGGCCUGCUGGCAAGGCGUCACGCUUCUCCCGGACUUCAAGGCGGCAUUUCCACAGUGGAAGCGUCAGAAUUUCCAGCAAAUCAUACGUUUUCAUAGUGCGGAAGAGGAGCACCUGCUGAAGAGCCUGCUCACUUACGACCCAGCUAGAAGAAAGACUGCCAAAGAACUGCUCAAAUCAAAUUAUGUGAAGACUGCCAAACUGACCACUCCCGACUUGGGGGCGUUUCCGCCAGACGAUAUUCUGGAGGAAUCCGGGUCCGCAUAGCAUUAGUGAAUCAGCCAGUGUUUAAUUUAUUCAUUUUUUAAUUAUACAAUAAAUUUAUGGACAAGUCGCAACCGUCUGGCGACUAA